AUGGAUCAAGCUGAUCGUCUUUUGGCGUCUGCAAGGUCUCGUGUAUAUGCUGAUUACAGCAAAAAAUUAUUAAAUGUUGAGAUUAGUCCUAAAUGGAAAGCACUUGUUGAACUACUAAAAGAAAUCUAUACCAACACAACUGAUCAAACAUUAAGUAAUACCAUAUUAAUUCUUGUCAGUCGUGAAAAUACAGCAAGGUAUCUUGAACGUUAUUUACAACGUGGAAUACAAUCUAUUAAGAAGUUUCUUGUUCAAACUUCAGAUUUACCUGAAUUACAGUCGCAUAUAAUACUACAGAAGUCUGCCAAAUUAAUGAAUCCGAAAUCUUCUGGAGAAUCAUCCGUAACUACUCUAACACAAAUCUGCAAAAAAUAUAAAUUUGAUGAAUUGUGUGGAGAUAAUGAUGACACUUCAUCCUCAUCAGAGGAAAAUUGUAAAAUGGAUAAUACUGAAAAAAUCACUAACAGUAAUAAUCGUUUGCCUUUAGGAUGUCAUGAAGUUAGCAUUCAUCCUAGUUUAUUAAUUUCAUCCAAUAUAAAGAUGUCUAAUUCACUUAAAAUUAUUAUACGUGUAACACCAACAUUUUCAGGUGAUGAAAAUAGUCAGUUUUAUGGGUCAGCAAAAGAUCACCAAGAUGAGUCCGAUUUAUUUGUACAACAAUAUGGUUAUCGAUUAUCAUAUAUUUUAGAUGUACUUCAACCUAAUUAUGUGAUAUUAUAUGAGCCCAAAUUAUCAUGGGUCAGAGAAUUAGAAGUGUACAAUGCACGUCUUCUAAUUCAACAUUUCUCAAAAAGUGACUCUUCAAGUAACAUCAGAGGGCUUAAUAAUUCAUUACCUUCAUUAAAAAUAUAUUUUGUACUGUAUGAAAAUUCCGUUGAAGAACAACGAUAUUUAACAAGUUUACGUAAAGAAAAAGAAGCAUUUGAAUCUCUUAUUCAGCUAAGUAGCACUAUUGUUAUACCAAAAGAUACAACAAUACCAUAUGGAAAAUUAAACCCAGAUGAUAAUCAAGCAGUGUCUCGUGUAAUUGUAGAUAUGCGUGAAUUUCGUAGUGAGCUACCAGCACUUUUACACAGAAAAGGAUUAAAAGUAGAACCUAUGACUUUAAGUAUUGCAGAUUAUAUUCUUGCUCCGCAUUUAUGUGUUGAAAGAAAAUCUGUUAGUGAUCUCAUUGGUUCUCUUAACUCUGGACGACUAUAUCAUCAAGCUACUGCAAUGUCACGUCAUUAUGCAAGUCCAGUUCUCCUAAUUGAAUUUUCUAUACAUAAUAAAGUUUCUAGUUUAAAUCAUGGGAGUACAAGAGGUUUUCAUGGAAGUGAAGCAGUUGGUUUUACCUUGUACACUGGGCGACAUGCAAUUAACCCUAGUUCAGAAUUUAAUUCCCAUCAUCUUUUAUCUAAACUUGUUUUGCUCACUAUCCACUUUCCUAAUCUACGAAUAUUUUGGAGCAUGACUCCCUAUUGUACUGCAGAAUUGUUUGCGGAGAUUAAACUUGGUCGACCAGAACCAAGUGUUGAAAAACUUCCUCAGGAUGGUGAUCAUUUAGAGGAUCAUAAUGUUGAGGCUGUUGACAUGCUAUUAAAAUUACCAGGUGUAUCAUGGAAAAAUUAUCGGCGCAUAAUGAGUCAUGUUUCUUCUUUAUACGAUUUGGUUAACUGCAGUAUGGAAAGGUUAGCAGAAAUUUUGGAUAGCAGUGAAUCUGCUGCUAAACUGCACAAUUUCCUCCAUUCCAAAUGUAGUGGUUUAGUUCCGAAUGCAUCGACAGAUAUUGCUGAUGAACCAUUCAAGUGUCAAAACAGACGUAAAGCCAGACUAAAUUUAUCAGCUUGUGUAAGAACACGUCGCGGGAAAGGUUGUGGGCCUAUCAAAAUGUAG